GGGGAUGAUGCAGUAAGGGGAGAUCUUGAUGCAGCAAUGUGCUGCCUUGCGGUCGGGUUAAAUAUAUGUUUGAAAACUCCUCUUGUCCCUGUGCAUGUCCCUGUAAGAUGCAGCCCCAGUUUGAAGCGCGCACCAGGGGGGCUGAGUUUGCAACGCCGAGUGCGUGAGACCCUGCAAGUUGCAAUGGUCUCGGGGACGUCGGAGCCAAAGGUUGGAGCUGGGUUUUGGGUUUCGCUUUCGGUUCCAUCUGGCCUCUUCCGCCUCUGCUUCUGGCCGCUGGUCUCUUGGUCUGAGCAAUGGCCGAUGGCCCGCCGCCGGUGUGGCUGGAAGAGGAGCUGACCUGCCCCAUCUGCCUGCACAUCUACACCGACCCGGUCAUCCUCAACUGCAAGCACAGCUUCUGCCAAGCCUGCAUCGAGCAGUCGUGGAGGGAGCCUGCGUCUGGACUCUACUCCUGCCCCGAGUGCCGGGCCAAUUACAGGGAGAAACCUGCGCUGAAGAGGAACUUCAAGCUGGCCAACAUCGCCCAGAAAUACCAAGCGGUGAACGGCGGGCCGGUGGCUCUGCCUUGCAACUAUUGCACCAGGAAGAAGCUGUCUGCCGUCAAGACAUGCCUCAAGUGUGAAGCGUCUAUGUGUGCCAAGCACCUCAAGCACCACCGGGAGAACGCCGUGUUCAAGAACCACCCUCUCAUCGACCCCACGGCGGACAUGUCCACCUGGAAGUGCGUGGAGCACAAGAAGCUGCUGGAGAUCUACUGCAAAGACGACAAAGUCUGUAUCUGCUGUCUCUGCCCGGUGGUGGGUAGGCACAAGAAUCACAACUGUUGCAGCGUUAGUGAAGGCGAGCAGGAGCUGAGGGAUCACCUACAGCAGCAGAUAGACAAGGUCAGGGCAAAUACCACAGCCAUCCAAGCCGGCAUCCUGCACCUGCAGACACAGAAGGAAAAGACACAGAACCUGAUCAGGGAAAGCAAAGCCCAUGUCCAGGAGCGGUGUACGGCUCUGCGGAAUUACUUUGAGAAUGAAGAGAAAGAAGCAUUGAAGUAUCUCGACACAGUCCAGACCCAGGUCACAGGAGACAUUGAUGCACAGAUUUUUGCUUUGGAAGACAAGAUGGAAGUCUUUGAGAGAAAUAUGGCUGACUUCAGUAAUCUUUUAAUGAAUAUGGAAAAACUAGUCUUCAUACAGGGAUUUAAUUCAAUGAGAACAAGAAUAAAAGAUGCGUCUGAACCACUGGGACCACGGCCAUUACCACCUGACGUUAGUAAAGUCACCAGUGACAAGGUGAACUGGAUACAGAAGCAGUACGAAAUGGUGUCCCGGCUCGAGAGGGACCGAGACGUGAUGGCAACCGUGUACGGACGGACGCCGACUCUGGACUUGGAGACCGCCCACCGCAGCGUGGCGUUGUCGGAUGACAGACGAGGGGUGUCUUGCAUCCCAGACAGACAGCCCUACCCCGUCCACCGCAAGAGGUUCGACUGGUGGGGGCAGGUGCUGGCCUCGGAGGGAAUCAACGGCGGGCGCUCCUACUGGGAGGUGGAGACUGCGGCAGCUCACGGCAGUUGGGCGGUGGGGGUUUGCUACGGCAGCAUGAAGCGCAAGGGCAGGGACAAGGAGAGCGCACUCGGAGGGAACAAAAAAUCCUGGAGCGUCUGCUCACGGAACAACAACGGCCUUUGGAGUUACCUGUCGGGAUCACGUUCGGUCUCAGCCCAGCACAACGAUAUCGUCACUGAUAUCACUCUUCCCGUCAUCUCUAAGGUGGGAGUCUUUGUCGACUUUGAUGCUGGAAUCAUUUCAUUUUACAGCGUCUCAGACAGCAAGCUGAGCCUGAUCUGCACGUUUCAGCAGCAGUUGUUCUCUGAGUCUCUCUACCCUGCUCUCAGAGUUGGUGAUGUCAACACAUCCCUCACAAUGUCCCGCCUUAACUGAUUGCUCGAGUUUCAUAUUUUCUAACCAUUUUAGACUUAGCAACAAAUUUCCUUUAGCACCAAAUAGAAAUGCAAGUUGGCGUGUUAUACUCAGUUAUUUUCUUUUGCGUUAAACCCUGUAGUAUAAGUAGAGGGUUUACUGUAGGGCGGCGCAGUGGUAGAGUUGCUGCUUCACAGAGACCCCGGUUCGAUCCCGACUACGGGUGCUGUCUGUAUGGCGUUUGCACGUUCUCC